GAGAUGAACUCUUCACCAGCGUCAAAAACUGGUAUGACGAAUACAACGUAGAAGACGGAUCUGCCAACGUCACUUUUGGCAGCAUUGAAAAAAAUAUAAACGUAUUUGCUGACGAAUAUAAAAAAUUCACCACUAGUAAUCAUAAAGGCGCCAAUAAUAAAAAGGAAUUUAAAAAAACACGUAACUCCUACAGUGAAGAAGAAGAGGAGGACUACGAUAAGCAUGACAAGGUGGAUAAGCAGAAGUAUCGCAGGAAGGACGCUGACGAUCAGGAUGAUUACGAUCAGGAUGAAGACGACGACUAUUAUCAGAGGAGGAGAUACAACCCCUCUCGACGAGGCGCCAAUGAAAGAAGAAAGAACUCUGCCUACUACCACGACGAGGAAA